AUGACCAUGCAUUUCUCCAGAAGUCUUGUCUCACUCUCUCUCCAAAACCGUUCACAUCUCCAUAAACCCCAUAUCUCUUUCUCUCUAUCGCUCCUCUUUUUCUCUUCGUCAACACCGAAAGGAUCCAAUUCUACAAUUACUGUCUCUGAUUACUUUGUGUAUAAACAUCAAUUCUCUCCUGAAACCGCCGCAAAAGUCUCAACGGUAUUAAACUAUGUGAAGAACCCAAAAAAGUUUGAUUCUAUACUAUCAUAUCUCAAAGAGAGUGGUUUGUCGGAGACCCAUUUGGAAAUUGUUGUCCGAAGAAUGCCCAGUGUUCUCUCUGCUAAUCUCGACCAAACCGUCAAGCCCAAAAUCAAAGUUUUCCAAGAAUUGGGCAUUUCUCCGACGAGCAUUGCCGAGAUAAUCUCGGGGAAUCCUCGGGUUUUGAACAGUAGCACCGUUAAUUGGGUUGGUCCCAUAUUGGCUUUGAGAAAUACAUUAGGUUCGAGUUUUGAUGUGCCUAAGUUCUUAAUGGCUUGUAGGUGGUUUCUGAGAUAUAAGUUUGAGAACACUAUGCUGCCCAAUAUUGAGUUGAUGAAGAGUCUUGGAAUUAGUUCGUCUCAGAUAAUGAGCGUUGAAAACAGGCUUAAACCUCGGCUGAGGGUUCUGGAGAUUUUGGAAAAUAAGGAGCUGCGUCGAAAAAAGCAGAGUCUGACAACAAUAUGCAAGAUGUCUAACAAGAAGUUUUGUGACAAGUUUGUGCUUCCUUAUUCAAAUGAAGUUGGUAAAAUAUACGUCUAG